ACCGCCUUGGAACGAAGAAGGAAUGAUGUUAGGGUACGUUAUCAGUGUGAACUAAAUACAGGGAAUGGCCCAGUGGUGAUGAGCGUGAGAGAAAAAUAGACGGGGAGGGUUAUUUUGACUGACAUUUGGGCAUGGCGUGAAACAUUUAGUGCAUCGUCCCCUGGACCCGUGGCUUCCAAUCCACCGCCAAUGAAUGUUCAAGAUCCGUCCAUACUAGCACAGGUGUCCACCAAACCCGGUGAUCGACGUGGCAUGCAGUCUUACGAAACUGAGGAAAUGGCGCCCAUGUCCAACGAUGUCGCACCUUAUGGCUGCGAUGUGCCGGGAUGUUAUGCUACGUUUCCAGCUUCCAACGGUUUAUUUUACCAUAUGAAGAGUGCGCAUCCCAAUCUCGAAGGGGUGGAGAAACCUUAUCGCUGCGCCAUGCCGAAUUGCGCCAAACGGUACAAAAAUAUUAAUGGAUUACAAUAUCAUUUAAGAGAAGCCAAAGGCUCGUCUGGUCACGCUCACACCAUCGAAGGAGGGAUUGUUGGAAAACCGUUCAAAUGUCACAUACCAGGAUGCAAAAAGGCCUAUCGUACCGCCAAUGGCCUAGGAUACCAUCAACAACAUGGCCAUAACAUGACAGUUUUGAAUGAUCAAACCAGUGCACAGCAACAACAACAACAGCAGCAACAACAGCAGCAUCAGCAGCAGCAACAGCAACAACGACAGCAGCAUCAGCAGCAGCAACAGCAGCAACAACAGCAACAGCAGCAAUUUCGAAUGAGAAGGGAAAAAUGGUUAUUGGAUAAUGUUUAAACUUGGGUCUAUUUUUCUUUUUCAUUUUUUUAAUUCUAUAAGGGUUUCUUCCCAUUUGUAAUUUUUUCUUUCUGUUCUUUUUCUCUUUCUUGGAAAGUAUCCAUGAUCACACACCAACAUCUAUACAUAUUUACACAUACAUUUUCCUAUUCCUUACUCGGAAAUGAUUGUCUGUUUGAUUGCGAUUAUCAAUAGACUGAUUAUUAUAUCAUCAUUGUGCCAAUGUUCAUAUUCAGUAAAGUUGUGGUAGUAUUAACCAACGGAUCAUACGCUGG